AUGGGACAAACUAUUUCCAGUCCCUUCGAUCUGACUCACUGGACUGACGUUAAGGAGAGGGCACACAGUUUAUCAGUUGAGGUAACAAAAAGGAAAUGGCAAACCUUUUGUGUUGCAGAGUGGCCUACAUUUAACGUAGGAUGGCCACCAGAGGGCACUUUUGACCUGACAAUUAUUCAGGCAGUCAGACAUCUUGUUUUGCAGGAACGCGGAGGACACCCAGACCAGAUUCCCUACAUUUUCACCUGGCAGGACUUGAUCCAAGACCCCCCGGCCUGGAUCAAGCCCUGGAUUCCCCCUCAACCCCCUAAUGAGGGCCCCCAUGGGCCCUCCAAGGUUCUUUUUGCAGAAUCGGAGAAAAAGGAGACAUCACGGAUCUACCCAGAGACCCAGCCCGAUCUCCUCCUCCUGGACCUACCUCCACCCUAUCCACCUGCCCAGCCACCUACUGCACCCCCAGCCCUCCCUGAGUCAGGCCAUCAAGGGGGCCCCGCUGCGGGAACCAGAAGUAGGAGGGCUUUUUCCCCAGACACUGCCACUGCCCUCCCACUCAGAGCUCUGGGACCCCCCCCCAUUCUAGGGCCAGGAGAAGACCCUACUCAUACACCCUUACAGCCCCUUCAGUACUGGCCCUUCUCUUCUGCUGACUUAUAUAACUGGAAGGCCAAUCACCCCCCUUUCUCAGAGGAUCCCUCUAAAUUAACUGCUUUAAUGCAAUCCCUAGUUUUCUCUCACCAGCCAACUUGGGAUGAUUGCCAACAGUUGCUGCAGACUCUUUUCACAACCGAGGAAAGAGAAUGCAUUCUCCUCUAGGCCAGAAAAAAUGUCCCUGGAGACGAUGGUCACCCUACACAACUCCAGAAUGUUAUAGAUAAUGGAUUCCCCUUGACCAGACCCGGAUGGGACUUCAACACCCCUGACGGUAGGGAGCAUCUCCAUGUCUAUCGCAAGGCUCUGGUAGCUGGUCUCCGAGGGGCUGCAAGACACCCCACCAAUUUGGCCAAGGUAAGAGAGGUUCUACAGGGACCCACUGAGCUCCCCUCAAUGUUCCUCGAACUCCUCAUGGAGGCAUAUCAUAGAUACACGCCAUUUGACCCAAUGGCAGAGGAACAGAGGGCAUCAGUACUAAUGAGUUUUGUGGAUCAGUCUGCAUCAGACAUCAGGAGAAAGUUACAGAGGUUAGAUGGCCUAGGGAGAUAUACUCUGUCAGACAUAGUAAAAGAGGCAGAGAUAAUAUACAAUAAAAGAGAAACUGAGGAAGAGAAAGAACAGAGAAAAGCAAAAGAACAAGAGGAAAGGGAAACUAGAAGGGAUAAGAGACAUGAGAAAAAUAUGACUAGGAUUAUGGCUGCCCUAGUAAAAAAUGGUAAGGAAGUUAUUAGACAGAAAGCAACUAGACCAGGACCAUUCCUGGGCAACAAGGCACCUCUAGAAAAGGACCAAUGUGCCUAUUGUAAGGAAAAAGGACACUGGGCCAAAGAUUGCCCCAAAAGAAAACCCAGAAGGAUACUCAACUUGGAGAACGAUGACUAGGGGAGAUGGGGCUCGGACCCCUUCCCCGAGCCUAGGGUAACUUUCAAGGUGGAGGGGAAACCUAUUGCCUUCCUAGUCAACACAGGCGCCCAACAUUCAGUACUCCUGAAACCAGAAGGACCCAUUUCUGACAAAAAGUCCUGGGUCCUUGGGGCCACUGGGGGCCAACAAUUUUCAUGGACUACCCGAAGAAUGGUGGAUCUGGGCGUGGGCCGGGUAUCCCACUCAUUCCUCGUAAUACCAGGUUGCCCAGCCCCUUUAUUAGGAUGGGACUUAUUGACCAAGAUGGGAGCCCAAAUUACCUUUACUGAUAAGGGCCCACUGAUGACCCACCGACAUGGAAGCUUCACCCAAAUAUUAACCAUGAAAUUAGAAGAUGAACAUAGGCUAUUUGAGAGCCCCCAGAUAAAUCCAGAGUUUGAUGUAUGGCUAACUAAAGUCCCCGGUGCUUGGGUUGAAACUGCUGGGAUGGGACUGGCCUCUCACCAACCUCCAAUAAUGAUCAAUUUAAAAGCUUCUGCCAUGCCUGUUUUGAUACGCCAGUAA